AUGCCGUCUGCAGCAGCAAACGUCGCCAUGGUUGGCGCCGGCGCCCUGGCAGCCAGCUCCGCUUUCGCCUUCGUGGCCCCGACGAGCCAGGUGCAGCACCAGGCCCCAAAGACCAACCUCCGCGCCUCCGGCUACAACGCCUCGUCGCAGGGCUCCAUGGGUGCCAUGGCCGGCCUCGGCGCCGUGGCCGGCCUCGCCGCCGCCGGUGUGGCGGGCCAGCGGGCCAGCAAGGGCCGCACCUCCAUGCAGGCCGUGGGCGUGGGCAUCAACGGCUUCGGCCGCAUCGGACGCCAGGUGGCGCGCAUCGCCAUGAAGGACCCUGAGACUGACCUGAAGCUCAUCAACGCCAGCUACGAUGCGGACUACCUGGCCUACAUGAUGAAGUACGACACCAUCCAUGGCAAAUACGAUGGAACUGUGGAAGUCGAUGGCGACUCCCUGGUUAUCGACGGCACGAAGGUGGCACUUUCUCACACCCGAGAUCCCGCGGAGAUUCCCUUCGGUGAGCAUGGCGCCGACUACGUUUGCGAGUCCACCGGCGUGUUCCUGACCACCGAGAAGGUGCAGCCGCACCUGAAGGCUGGUGCCAAGAAGGUGAUCUUCUCGGCCCCUGCCAAGGAUGACUCUCACACCGUCGUCAUGGGCGUGAAUGAGGACACCUACGACCCCUCCAUGGAGUGCGUCUCCUGCGCCAGCUGCACCACCAACGGCCUCGCGCCCGCGGUCCGAGUGCUGCAUGAGAAGUUCGGCAUCAAGCGUGGUCUGAUGACCACCUGCCACGCCAUGACGGCCUCGCAGCCCACCGUGGACGGCACCUCCAAGAAGGACUGGCGAGGUGGCCGUGCCGGCCCAGGCAACAUCAUCCCUUCUUCCACGGGCGCAGCCAAGGCCGUGGCCAAGGUCAUCCCGGACGUCAAGGGCAAGCUGACCGGCAUGGCCCUGCGCGUGCCGACGAUCGACGUCUCCGUGGUGGAUCUCACCGUGGAGCUGGAGAAGGAGACCACCUACGAAGAGAUCUGUGCUGAGAUGAA